AUGAAUCGGCGUGCACUGGAGGGUCGCGAGAAGACUCUUGGACCAGACCACCCCAACACCCUAACAAGUGUCAGUAACCUGGCUAGUGUGCUGGAAUCCCAAGGAAAGUACACUCAAUCGGAGGCGAUGAAUCGGCGUGCACUGGAGGGUCACGAGAAGACUCUUGGACCAGACAACCCCGACACCCUAACAAGUAUCAGUUUCCUGGCUGCUGUGCUAGGAGACCAAGGCAAGUACGAUGAAUCA